UUUAGUUGACGCUGAUUGGCUAUUGGAUCACUACGGAGUUCCCGCCAAGGUAGUCCAGCUGCCUUGUUUGCUCUCAACAGAACCCUAAUCCUGAAAACAUACUUUCGUAAUAUUAGCAACGCCAUGGCUGAUAAAGAAGCAGCGUUUGAUGAUGCUGUGGAGGAGAGGGUGAUAAAUGAGGAGUACAAGAUAUGGAAGAAGAACACACCCUUCCUCUAUGACCUGGUGAUGACCCACGCCCUGGAGUGGCCCAGCCUCACUGCACAGUGGCUACCCGAUGUCAACAGACCUGAAGGGAAGGAUUUCAGCGUACACAGGUUGGUUCUUGGCACACACACCUCAGAUGAACAGAAUCACCUGGUCAUCGCCAGCGUGCAACUGCCUAAUGACGAUGCCCAGUUUGAUGCCUCUCACUACGACAGUGAGAAAGGUGAGUUUGGAGGCUUUGGCUCAGUCAGUGGUAAGAUAGAGAUUGAAAUCAAGAUCAACCAUGAGGGAGAGGUGAACAGAGCCCGCCACAUGCCCCAGAACCCCUGCAUCAUUGCCACCAAAACCCCAACCAGCGACGUGCUCGUCUUUGACUACACCAAACAUCCCUCCAAACCAGAUCCAUCUGGAGAGUGUACCCCAGAUCUGCGUUUGAGGGGACACCAGAAAGAGGGCUACGGUCUCUCCUGGAACCCCAACCUGAGUGGCUGCCUCCUCAGUGCUUCUGAUGACCAUACUAUCUGUAUGUGGGACAUCAGUGCUGUUCCUAAGGAGGGAAAGGUUGUAGAUGCAAAGACUAUCUUUACUGGACACACAGCUGUAGUGGAGGACGUCUCCUGGCAUCUACUGCAUGAGUCACUCUUUGGAUCUGUAGCUGAUGACCAGAAACUCAUGAUUUGGGACACGCGAUCCAACAACACGUCCAAACCUAGCCAUGCUGUGGACGCCCACACUGCCGAGGUCAACUGUCUGUCCUUCAACCCCUACAGCGAGUUCAUCCUGGCCUCGGGCUCAGCAGACAAGACUGUAGCCCUUUGGGACCUGAGGAACCUGAAACUGAAGCUGCAUUCGUUUGAGUCUCACAAAGAUGAGAUCUUCCAGGUCCAGUGGUCUCCUCAUAAUGAAACCAUCCUGGCCUCCAGUGGCACAGACAGGCGACUCAACGUGUGGGACCUCAGUAAAAUCGGAGAGGAGCAGUCGCCAGAGGAUGCUGAGGAUGGUCCACCUGAACUGCUGUUCAUUCAUGGCGGUCACACGGCUAAGAUCUCUGACUUCUCAUGGAACCCCAACGAACCCUGGGUCAUCUGCUCUGUGUCCGAGGACAACAUCAUGCAAGUUUGGCAGAUGGCUGAGAACAUCUACAAUGACGAGGACCCAGAGGGAGCAGCAGACACUGAGGUCCAGGCAUGAGUGACAUCUGUCAAUCACACAACACCCCUCCCUUGAUCACAUCCUCAAAACAACAUUCAAAUGUCUUUUUUUUAUGCAUAAGAGUCAGUUGUUCUUUUGUAGAGGGAAACAUUAAGUGCUUGUUUCACUAUCAUGGCAUCAAGGUUUUGCAUAUAUUUAUAUAAGAAAGGAUCCUACUGUUUGAUAUGGUGAUAAUGGUAGCUAUGCCAUUCUUUGGUCAAAUUUUUACCAGGGGGACAAGCACCACAGUUGAGUAGGCACCCAAUUAUUGUUUUUCAUGUUAAAUUAUGCUCAUAUUCUUAGAAACAUGAGUCAUUUAAACUAAUUUCCAGUUUCAUUUUAUAAGAAAUUGUACAUAGAUUUUAUUCCCAUGAUAUCUGAAUUGUAGAUUUCCACAAUCAGCUUUCAAGCUGUAUGUAUAUCAUCCCUAUGUGUCUGUUUUCUUUGUAUGCUGCAUCGGAUUCCCAUGUUUUUUAAGUGUAUUCAUAAUAAAAAUGUAUUUACGGUAGACCUUAAAUGUACAGUUAAGACAGGCUGCUCUCAUAGUUGAGGUCAACUGUCAUAACACCAUUGUUGAUGCACUAAGAGCAGAUUAAGUAUACCAAUAGGUGACAUUGGCUAAAUGCACCAUCAAGGAUACUCGCAAACACAGUAAAACAUGUUUGGUCUGAGGGGUCCUGGAUAUUUUGUCAAUUGUUCUACUUCCAUUGAUAAGUAUGGAAAAGUUAGGACUCCCUUUCAGCAGUUGUUUCGCUCACUUCAAUACAGCCCCUGUAAAAAAAAAAAAAA